UUGAUUACUUUGUAAACGAUGGAAUUGGGGGUGACAUAGAGCUUUCGUGAUUGUAUCAUACGCCGGAGUAUGUAUCGACGAACGGGAAUGUACAGGAACAUGAGCAAGCCGAAACCCCAUGCCAAAAUCAAUAGCAACGAAUAAAGUAUCCACUGUGUCGUCUUAAGCUUUAUAAAAUCAUCCUCAGCUUCUUCGAAGCUUGCAGAAUAUAGUAUGGGCUCAUCGUCAUCUUCAUCAUCGUUAGCUUCACGCGUGUCGGACAACAACCCUUUCUCCAGAUGAUCAAUCUCACCAACCCCACCGUUUUCUGAUUCCAUCUGAAGUGAUCAAAACCCUAAAAUCAUUAACUUGUAAAUAGAAUUUCUAUUGAUAGAUGGAAUACACGAAUCGAAUUGAUGAACAAGUACCUACCAAUGUGAUUUCUAUCAGAACAGGUAUGCAAUGGAAUCACUGAUUUUGUUUCUCGUUUGGUUUGGAUGAUUCACUGAAGAGUUUGACUAUUAUGUUCAGACAUGAACUCAUAUCAGAAAUUUUCUAAGUUACAGGGGGUAAUAAUGUAAUAUUUAAAAGUUGGAGGGAUACUAAUGUAGUUAAAUAAAGUCAGGGGGUUGUUGGUGCACUUUAAGCAACGAAAUUUCCGAAUGUUGUCGUCACUAAAUGGUACGCAAAAGGGUUUUAUGGUAUAAACUAUAAACCCUAGUUUAUUAGAAGCAGCAACGAGAUACGAAAUUAGCAAUGGAGGACGCGAAGUUGAAGAAGAAUAGUAUUGGGCAACCAAAGGAGAUUUUCGCUUCCUGUGAUUUCUCUAGUCUUGGGCUUCACCCUGCCUUAUGCGACCAGCUUCGAGACAGGAUGGGCUAUCAAGCUCCGACAUUAGUUCAAGCUCAAGCUAUUCCAGUUAUUCUCUCAGGAAGACAUGUGCUCGUUAAUGCAGCUACAGGCACAGGCAAAACUGUAACAUACCUUGCUCCUGUCAUUCAUCAGUUGCAAAAAUGUGAUCCUAGGAUUCAGCGAUCUGAUGGUACUUUUGCAUUGGUGCUUGUUCCAACACACGAACUAUGCAUGCAGGUAUAUGAAAAUCUACAGAAGUUAUUGCACCGAUUUCAUUGGAUUGUUCCAGGUUAUAUAAUGGGUGGUGAAAACAGGUCAAAAGAGAAAGCCAGGUUGCGUAAAGGAAUAUCUAUUCUUGUUGCAACUCCAGGACGUUUACUGGACCAUUUAAAGCACACAGAAGCAUUUGUUCAUAAGAAUUUGCGCUGGAUAAUAUUCGAUGAGGCAGACAGGAUUCUUGAACUAGGAUUUGGUAAAGAGAUAGAAGAGAUACUUGAUAUUUUGGGUUCAAAAGGCAAAGAUACUGAAGUUGUGAGACAAAAUUUGCUCUUGUCAGCCACCUUAAAUGAAAAAGUCAACCAUCUUGCAAACAUCAGUUUGGAAGAUCCAGUUAUGAUUGGUCUUGAUGACAAAAAGAUUCAACCAUCUAAUAAGCAAACUACAUCAUUAAUUUCUGAUGCGAUUGAAAGAUUAGAGAAUUCUGGGAAAGUAUCAGUUGCUUCAAAUGAGGAAUAUAAUCUUCCAGCUCAACUGAAUCAGAGAUAUGUUAAAGUACCUUGUGGCUCUCGUCUUGUGGUGCUUCUUUCCAUUCUAAAGAAUCUAUUCACUGGAGAAUCUUCUCAAAAGAUUGUGGUAUUCUUCUCAACAUGUGAUGCAGUCGAUUUCCAUCAUGCACUUUUAAGUCAAUUUCACGGAUUAUCAAACUCACAAACAGAAACAGAAAAGAAAGAUCUAUUUGUGCAGUGUAACAUUUUAAGAUUACAUGGAAACAUGAAGCACGAAGAUCGAGUCAAAACAUUCAAUUCUUUCAAAACAGAAAAAUCAGCUCUUUUAUUAUCAACAGAUGUUUCUGCAAGAGGUCUAGAUUUUCCAAAAGUCCGUUGCAUUAUUCAGUAUGAUUCCCCUGGUGAAGCAACUGAAUAUGUUCAUAGAGUUGGAAGAACUGCUCGAUUAGGUGAAAAAGGGGAUUCCUUGUUGUUUCUUCAACCAAUUGAAGUUGAUUAUCUACAAGAGCUUAAAAAACAUGGUGUAAUGUUAACAGAAUAUCCUCUUCUAAAACUUCUAGAUGGUUUUCCUUUACAUGGUUUAAAUUUAAAACACCAUCACCAUGUGAAAAAGUUUGUCUCAAUCGAGAUGCAUCCAUGGGUGGUUUCUUUGCAGAGGUCCCUUGAAUCCUUCAUCUUUAAGGAGGGGAAGAUGAAGAAAUUAGGGCAGAAUGCGUUUUGUUCGUGGGUGAGAGCAUACAGUGCGCAUCGUGGGGAGUUGAAGAGUAUAUUCAUGGUGAAGAAGCUUCACUUGGGACACGUGGCAAGAAGUUUUGGGCUCAAGGAACAGCCAUCUUUGGUGGACACGUGGCACUUUGUGACAGGGAGAAAAGGGUAAAUGUAGCUUUAUGUAUUGGCUGGCUAUGUGGGUGGUAUGUCAUUGAUGUGGUGAUGAUGAUGAUGAUGAUGUGAUGUGAUGUGAUGAUGAUGUUGAAAGUACGAAUGACCUUGCUUUUAGGGUAAUUCUAACCGCACGAAAUAAAUUCCAAAUGCACGAAUUUUUGAUUGAAUUGACGUACAUCACUGUAAGUUUUGACAGUUUUUAAUAUAUUAAACUAAAUCAAUGUUUACUUUACAAUUUUCAUUAAAUACCCUUAUAUUUAUAGUUGAUUUUCAUAUUAUAC